AUGCUGGGCCUGAGCUCAGAAAAUCCAGUCGCUGUACUGACCAUCCAACCCAACUGGACCCAGAUAUUCAUUGGAGAGACGGUCACUCUCAGAUGUGUCCUACUGGGGGGAGGAGACACUGACUGGCAGUAUGAGUGGUUUCACUAUCAGAACAUUAGUCAGACAGAACCUGAGUACAGAAUCAGUCCUGCCAAAAGAAACAAUCUCAAACCCAAGCCUGUCCUGAGUGUCUCUCCUCAGUGGUUGAACCCUGGAGACUCAGUGACUCUGAAAUGUAAAGUUAAAGAGACAUCUACAGACUGGAAGUUCUUCUGGUACAGGAAUGUUCCUUCAGAUCAGUCCUACACUUUACAGCCCCUAUCUGAUGAUGGGAAUACUGAAGAAUAUUACACUCUUGCUGAUCUUUUAGAUCUGCAGUCUACAGUCUCUCUGACAGUAAAUCCUAACAGAACUCAGCAUUUUACAAGGACAUCUGUCUCACUAAGCUGUGAGGAGAUAGGAAACUCUACUGGAUGGAGACUGAUGAGAUACACAGACAGAGGAACAGAGUCAGAGUGUCUUUCAUUCUGGGGAACAAUAGAAGGGUCCACAUGUAACAUCAGCUGCCCACUGACUCGUGACAGUGGAGUGUACUGGUGUGAGUCUGGAUCAGGAGAGAACAGUAAUGCUGUCAACAUCACAGUGACUGAUGGUCAUGUGAUCCUGGAGAGUCCCAUCCAUCCAGUGACUGAAGGAGACACAGUGACUCUAGUCUGUAAACACAGAACAACCAUAUCAAACAUUAUAAAAGCUGAUUUCUACAAAGAUGGAGUUCUUAUCAGGAAGGUUACCACAGGAGCAAUGACCUUCCCUGUAGUAUUAAAGUCAGAUGAAGGCUUUUAUAAAUGUAAAUCUAAUGAAGGAGAAUCACCUGGAAGCUGGGUAACAGUGAGAGAUUCCCGUUGUACAUGA